CGGCCAUUAUUGUAGUCUACUACAAUAAAUUGCUAGAAUGGUGCUGGAAUUUUUAGCAUGCAUAAUGGCGACGAUUUCUUUUUGACAGUUGACUCUACUUUUGGCGCACGUGUUUUCUCACGCACCGUCCUCAAAAAAUCAAUUAAAAUAUGAAUGCCGAAAAAUUGAAGAAAUUGCAAGCGCAAGUGCGUAUCGGUGGUAAGGGUACUCCUCGUCGCAAGAAGAAGAUUGUUCACUCCACCCCCGCUACAGAUGACAAGAAAUUGCAAUCUUCGUUGAAGAAAUUAUCGGUCAACACCAUCCCCGGCAUUGAGGAAGUCAACAUCAUCAAGAACGAUGGUACCGUCAUCCAUUUCAACAAUCCCAAGGCACAGGCUUCAUUGCCCACCAACACCUUUGCCAUUACCGGUCAUGGUGAAAACAAAUCGAUUUCGGAAAUGUUGCCAGGUAUUUUAACACAAUUGGGUCCCCAAGAUAUUACACAGUUGAAAAAGAUCGCCAGCGAAUUGGCUAACAAGAGUGGUGCUGCUGCGGGAGCUGCCGCCGCCGGUGCUGCUGCGGCAGCCAAUGCUGGUGAUGAUGAUGUGCCCGAUUUGGUAGAAAACUUUGAAGAAGUCGCCAUUGGUGGUGCUGCUGCUGCCAAGCCUGCUGAAACUUCAGAAGCUGCCAAAAAGCCCGAAGAAGUACCAGUAGCUUAAGAACAACAAAAACAAAAAAACACAUGAUAACAAAAAUAACCGGCGCAGAGGUUACCUUUUGUACUAGAAGGGUAGUUUAAAGGGAUGAUAAACAAUACCAUUAUUUUUACUAUAAUUAUUAAAGAAACACACAUUUUUUUAUUAACUUUCAUCAUCCGUUUACUUGGAAAUCAUACAAGAAGGAAGCAUACACAAUUAUUAGUGUUGGAAGUUGUAUAAAAAAAGAGAAGACAAAUAUUGGCAAAAGGGGGGUUUUCAAUCCAGUGGAGGAGAAGGAGGAUAAUUGUCUUACACUACUCUGCUGAGGCGAAAACAAAACAAACACAAAAAUCAUCAGUUUUUGGGCAACGUAGUAAGCAAGUUUUACUAUUAUUUUAUUUUAAACUUAACUAUAUAUGCUUAUAAAUAGUAAGAAAUAUUUGUUAAAACAAACAAGUGUAGUACACAACAAUAAUAUGAUACAAAAUUGUUUACUAUUAAAAUACGGACAUCUUUUGAAAAGUAUGUCUUGGAAAAACCACAA